UCUUCAAAUGAAACUGUCAACUAGACACAAAUUGUAGGUUAUGUUUAGUUAGCUAACAAUUACAUUUUACAUAAUUAUACAACUUUUUCAGUAAAACGGUGACAGAAAACUAGUUAGAUGUCAGUUAAACUUCCUAUUCUAUUCCAAAAUGUUUCACGGAAUUCACUCCGUAGUGCCAUUAUGUCUAUUUUAAGAUCGUAGCUAUUUAGGCCAAUUUGUGUCCAAAGGUGAAGGUUUUGAAUAUAAUCGAGUAGCUCGAACGGUCAAAGUUAUUUUCCUACACUUCUUGCACUCUAAUAUGGAUGAGCUAAAGCACAGAGCUGGAGAAAAAUUCGAAGCGUUACAUGUGGCUGCUAGAUCUGCAGCAGAUUCAAGUAAAUCUAAAGUCCAGGAUGUCUGCACUCAGACAAUUGAAGCCAUUAGAAAGCUUCGAGAGGCAUUCCUGGAGUUAUGGCAGAAUGAUCUAAUAGCAGAAGGUAGAGAGCGUGUAGUGGAAUGGUCAAGAGAGGCAGUGAAAAGGAUAAAGGAUGGAGCUCUACCACUCUCCCCAUUUGUAUUGUAUGAGGAGCUAUUGGCUUUGUUUCAUGAUAGAGUGUGGCGCCGCAGCGUGCUGAUAUUCGUGUGCGGCGGGUGCGUGGGCGGCGCGCUGGGCGUGUGCGCGGGCCUGCGGCUGUCGGCCCGCGCCCCGCCCGGCCCGCACGCGCGCGCGCUGCACUCCACCCCCGACCACUCCGUCAUAUUCGUGGAGGAUGCCGUCGCACCAAGCGCGGGCCCGGGCGAGGUGCUGGUGCGCGUGCAGGCCUUCAGCGUGUGCGAGCUGGACCGCAGCGUGCUGCGCGGGCGCGGGCACGUGCUGCGCGCCCUGCUGCGCGCCGGGCCCGUCACCGUGGGCCGCGGCUUCGCAGGCGUGGUGCUGGACGUGGGCGCGGACGUGAAGGAGCUGGAGCUCGGGGACAACGUGUGGGGCGCGCUGAGCGAGUGGAGCGGCGGCGCGGCGGCCGAGCUGCUGGUGCUGCCCAGCACGCGCGUCAGCAAGCGGCCCGGCGGCAUGUCGGCGGACAGCGCGGCCGCCCUGCCCUGGAGCGGGACCAAGGUGCUGGCCACGCUGAGGAAACUCAAGCUCAACCAGGACAACCUCAAAGGGAAGCGCGUGGCGGUGUGCGGCGCGGCGCGGGCGGAGCUGUGCGCGGCCGUGCAGCUGCUGGCCCGCGCGGGCGCGCACGUGUCCGCACUGGCGCCGCGCCACGCCGCGCAGCUGCUGCGGGACCUCGGGGCGUCCGAGUUCAUAGACCCGGCGGAGGGAGGGCUGCAGGGGGCGGCGCGGGUGCUGGAGCAGCACGCGCGGCGCGAGGGCUGCUGGGACGCCGUGCUGCUGUGCGCCGGCGCCCCCGCACCGCCCAGCCCCGCCGUGCUCAGGAGCCGGGCGCGGCGCGGCGCGGUGUGCGCGGUGUCCGGCGCCGGGCCGGUGUCGGACCGGCUGGUGGCGCCGCUGGCCGCCCUCUACGCCGUGCUGUUCUACUCCUACAGGCUGGCCAGGUGGAUGUGUUUCCGCGGCUGGGGCCUGGAGUGGCUGGAGGAGGAGGACACGCUGCGCGGAGGGCUGGAGCGGCUGGCGGCGCUGGUGGAGCGGGGGGACCUGGUGCCUGUGCUCGACAAGAUCUUCGUCCCGCAGCAGUUCGAGCAGGCCCUGGCGCACGCCUGCAGCGAGGACGCCGUGGGGGCCACCGUCGUGCGCUUCCCGUAGCUGCCGGGGGGCCGCGAGAGGGCGCGAGGGACGCCCACCAGCACGCGCCACGAGCACCCGAGACUCACUGCCGAUGUGCAAAUUGAAACGUAGCAGUCGAUGUCCCCACAGAAAAAUUGCGGUGGGAAAUUCUAGUGUAUGAGCUUAUAAAAAAUUACAACAAAAAUUAAUGUUUGUAAAAAAGAGUUUUAUAGUGCGUCUGUGAUUGUACCAACUCCAAGACGGGGCGUGCGUGCUCCGCCUGCCUGGCCCCCACAUAGUCUAGUACAACUAGUCUCCAAUGUAAGAAAUCGUCACAAAAUUAUCUUAGUAAUGAGUCCGUCCGUUGAUAUUACUCUAGUCCAGCGGCUCUCAACCGCCGAGUCGUGACCUCUUGCCGCGUCUCGGUACAACGUUUAUCUAAGGUGACCGGGGGUAGCAUUGCGAUACAUAUGGGGUAAAUAUACAACUGUUCACUGGAUGUUAACUGUAUAAAUACAUUUAAUAGAUUAAUUCUGUAUAAUUUCAUAAAUGUACUACUUACCUUACCUACUUUCGCUUAUAGUUUUGUAUGAAGUAUGUGAGGGUGUCGUGAAUAUGUUAGUGUGUCGAAUGAAAAAAGUUGAGAACCGCUGCUCUAGUGUACGAAAACAAAAUUUCUUGGUGUCAUGGCUCCCAUUCCCAGUUGACAUGACCCUCGCUAAUUAGCAGCAAUCCACUUAAUAUUUGAUUCCACGUCCAUAGGCAGGCUCGCGGACGGUAUUGGCUAAACAACACUCGAUCCACUGGGGUGUAUCGCGGCUUUGUCCUAACGGUGCGUGACGUGUGCACGGUCGGCUCGUGCUCGUAGAUCGGAUUGUCACAGCAACUGUUUAGGAAGCUACUAGCACAGAAAGUAUUUUGGACCGCAAUACGCAAUCAGUCGUUUGUAUUUAUAUACCAAAGAUAGUCACAGUGAGACUCACCAUGAAAAACGAAAUGUUUAUUGGAAUGAUGAUAAGUUUAACUUUCUAAUAUUUAAAAUGAGGUGCUGUGAAUGCGACGUUAAAUUAAAUCAAAUGUGAAUAUUUAAAACAAACGCGUGAGCAGUCCCUACAGUUCCGCCGGACCCCUCUUACAAUUGGCUAGGAGAGCUAGGAACCGCCGUGGAAAUGUACAGAGGGACCUGCGUCCAGCGAUGGGGCUCCACUGGGUCUGCGGUACGGCUGACCUUGUGAGUCACCCCUGCUAAACUGAGCAUUUGACUUCGGCACGGGCUGGGGCAAUACCUAUAAAUUAUCGAAAAGUUGUUGCCCGAAUUCUACAAGGGCGGGAAUGUGGGAAUAUAUUAAAAAAAUAUUGUGUCAACAAACUAUAUUGUUAAUGUAGGAUUUAUAGUAUUUGUAUAGUAGAUAGUGGUCAAUUUACAAAAAAAAAAUACGAUUACUUUGUGUAGUUAAAAAAAUAUUUUGAUAAUGAAAUUAUUUAUAAUGGAAUAGUUAGGGUAAACCCACGUUUUUAUAUUGUAAGAAAUUUAGGAAUUGUUGUUGUCUGGAGUUGCGUUUACUGUUAUUAUAUUCCUGGACAUCGGCCACGUCAAUAGUGAAGUUGCCACUUUGGAUAUGACGGGCAGGGGAAUUAAUACAAAAAUUAGUAAUCGAUAAAAAUCUACAUAUAAGUUCCUUAUUUAAAUCGAAUAGCAAAUAUGUAAACGUUUUCAUAUGAAAAUUACAAGUUCAUGUUGUAUGUGUACAGCCACAAGGAACAAGGUUAUGAAAUGUUUCAAUUAACUGUACGUAUUUACUGAUCGAGCUCCUGGGCCCCCUGCCCCCCUGUUCCCCUGGUGUCGCCGGCCCCCCGCCCUGCGCGACUCGGCGUCGCCAAUGAAACACGAAAUAAGUUCUCACGAUAAUCAUUAUUUUAUUAGAAAUAGCAGAAAAGUUACAUUUUUCAUCAUGUGUCAUAUUUUAAAAUGAAGUAUUUAGGUCGCCAUGUUCUAAAAUAUAAAUUGUAUUUUAUUUGAAUAAAAAGCUUACAUGUAUUGUUUUUCGAAUUAUUAUUUUUUUGUAAUUAAAAUAAGUUAUUUUAUAACGCAGUUAGUGGGUUUUCAUAGAAUGUUAUAAAAAAACAUGUAAAACCUCUGCUCAAAUUAAAAAAUACUUCAUUUGUUAGUAUUUUUUACAUUUUGGUGUUGUUAGUUUACAAAUUAUUGAAUUAUCCCAUCUAUUAUUAAAAUAUAUAUCAAAGUUAACUUUAUUUGACUCCUCUCGAUUAUACUUGCAGCUUUUCUAUAUACUAUUCGUUUUCUUUACGUUUCAUUAUACAUCAAUAAUAUUUAUUUUUAAUAAUUUAUAAUGUUCUGAAAAUAUAUAAAAAAAAAAACCAACAAUGUUUCCGAAUGAGUACUCUUGUACCGCGUUCGUGCACAAACCGAUGUGAACCUUUGUACUGUUGUGAUUGUAAUAAAAUGUUUCUGUUUAC